ACGAAACAAUAUUAUUCAUUUUAAUCUUGAAUGAAAAAUCCUAUUUAAAAGAUUAGUCAAAAACAAGCGACGAGUAUCCUUUUUCAGAGAAAUACACGUAGAUAACGGGCGCGUUCUGUUUGCCUAUAGAAUUUAAAAACCGGUAUCUUCUUAUCAGUCAGGCUACACGAUGUUCUAUUUGUUCAGAUAAUGGUUAUCAGACCAAGUACCUACUUGAUUAAACGUUUCAUCAGUGUCACCAGAGUCGUUGUGCAUCGAUUUCGAAAAUGAGUAAUCGCGUGAAUUCUGUGGUGCGUCGAAGCGUGCCUUGUUACUUUUGCAACGAAUUUUUAGAGGAGAAAUAUCUUUUCGAUCACGUGAAACACUGUGGAUUAGUUUUAGAAGAAUGCCCACGGAAAUGUGGAGUUUACGUGCCACGAAAGAACAUGGAUGAACAUCGAAGAUUAUGCUGUACAGAUGCUGCCGCAGGAAAUAGUCAGGCAAAAGAAAUUCAAGAUUUUGCGUGGAGAAAUAAAAUAUUCUCUGCAUUGAUGUUGCUUAGAGCUGUAGUUAACAACGAGGAGAAAGAGCGCAAACAUGUCCAGGAUAAUGUGUCUCAGUGUUUCAAAUUGCUACGCGCUCAACAAGCAUCUAUUGAUACGCUGCGAUUACAAAUUACACGAAUGGCAGAAGAAUCUCAACAGUACAACGUGACGUUAAAUCAGAGAUUGAACGAAUUGGCGCUAACUCGUGACAAUACUGAACAACGAACUAGUUUAAGCUUUCAACAUAUUUCGGAACAGUUAAAGCUUCUCCACGGAGAAUUAACAGACGAACAGAACAAACACGAAGAUGUUUUCGGAAACUGGUAUUUGGAAUUGAAAGAUUUGAAAGCUUUUUUGGCUGGAGAGAGUGCGCACAUGAGCAAGAUGUGGCAGGAACAACAAGAACUGAUUCACGAUCUUAAAUUAGAACUAGAAAUGAGAUGCAAAAAUUCGAAAGAAUUAGCGGCACAACAAAAACUUCUCACGGAAAAGAUCGAUGCUUUGGAAGAGGAAGUGCAGAAACAGUCAACUUUGAUAUCUAAUCAAAAAAGUAUCGUUAAAGGACUAAAAUUUCAAAUGAAGGAGAACUUAAAAUAUCUCGAAGAACUGAUCGACGAAAACUCAAGACUUAAAGUCACAGAACAUAUUGAAUGUCGAUGCGAACACGAAUAUUUUGAUCAAUAUUCGAGCAAUGGUCGACUUUUGUGGAGGAUCGAUCGCUAUAAAGAAAAAAUGACCGAUGCCAAAGAAAACGAUUGCGCGCUUUAUAGUCCAAAAUUUUUAAACAAAGAAUAUGGAUACACCUUGAGAUUGGAAUUAUUCUUAAACGGUAUAGGACAAUGGAAAGAUCGUCACAUUAUCGGGUGUCUACGCGUAGAGACUGGAAAAUGGGAUCCAUUAUUGGACUGGCCUUGCAUUCUUAAAGCAACGGUUACGUUGAGAAACCAAGAGAAUCCAGCCAAUGACGUGAAGAAAAUUGUCAAAGCUGUGGGGCAGGAUAAAACAAAUUCUACAGAUAUAACCAAAGAAUCCGGAAUUUAUAUGUUUAUUCCUCACACGACUCUAACUCGAUAUUCUGGAUAUGUUAAAGAUGACGUGUUAUUUUUGGAUAUUCAAGUAAAGGAUAUAAAAACGAGUGUAUCAACUCCGUCUCUUAUUUCAUAAGUUAAAUGUAGUAAUUAAAGCAAAUGAGCAGAGCCAUCGUCGAAAAUGUUAUUCUUUUAUGUUCAUAGUUGGGAAUACACGUCGUUUAUUAUCUUGAUUAUACGAUUGGUGGGACCUGGUGGAUA